CUGUAAAGUCUUUCAUCUAUGCUUGAAAAACCAAUAGUUUUCAAAAGACAAAUUUUAAUUUCAAUUAACUUAUCAAGAUCUCUUUUCAGUCAGUAAUGUAAUUUUAUGAUAUCAAAUUAAAAUCUUCUAUGCGGUCAAACGCAGUAGUCUAGUUGAAAGAUGGACGCAUUUCGAAGUUUUAAGUUUUUAUUGGUAUUUUCGGCUAUCAAUGCUCUUCUUCUAUGUUCAGUUGUAGAAGGUGAUCAGCGUCCGCCACCCCCUCCUGGUCUUGGAAAUGAGCAAGACCCACUCUCACACAUGGCGUGUUCUGGAGAUGAAGAUUGUAAUACGGGUCUACCAUUUUGUAUCGAAGGGGUGUGUGGACAGUGUAGGGAUACAGGGGAUUGUGGGAACUUAGAAUGUAGGAACCCAUCCGACAAGGUGCCGUUCACAGUUUGUGGCGAUCCCCAUGUUCGAGUUAAAGUACCAAUGUCUACUGGUGGGAGAAAAGAUCUUUGUUUUGAUGUGUAUGGCCAAGCUGGGACUUCCUUUACGUAUCUGAACAUGAAUGGUGUUGAAAUAAAUGCAACGUUUGCAAAAUUAGCUCGAAGAGGGAGAUAUCGUUCGAGUAAGUAUCGCAGACAAAAACUUGCCAUCCAUGUGGAUUCUCUCACCAUGUCGAUCCCUGGGCCAAGCGUCCUCAAAGUAAAUGCAGAUGGCGCUGAGGUGAUCGAAGGAAACUUUAGUGUCUCUGGUGGAAUAGUGGAAGACCAUUUAGAGGGGUGGACCAUAAAGUAUGAAAAUAUUGAACUAAAGGUUUAUAGGGGCACUCAUAAGAACAUUGACUUCAGCGUGUCAGUUGGACAAGAGGAAGUUAGUCGAUCUGCUACUGGUGUCAUGGGAAUUGUCUCAAACGAAGCAUUCAUCAUUCCAUGGAACCGUGCUUCAGGAAAUCUGUAUUUUGCAAGGAGCAGAGUCCCCGAUCCAGUACGUUGGAAUGCUUACAGGAAAUGUUUCUUUGUUAGACGACGAUCUUUCUUCGUUGAUAAACUUAUGGAGCGUAUUAGUAUUCCUCUAACACAGGAACGUAUUCCUCUGACACCGGAACGCAAUCCUCUAACACAGGGACGUAUUUCUCUAACACAGGGACGUACUCCUCUGACAGCAGAAAGCAAUCCUCUAGCACAGGGACGUAUUCCUCUGACACCAGAACGCAAUCCUCUAACACAGGGACGUAUUCCUCUAACAAAGGAACGUAGUCCUCUAACACGGGAACGCAUUCCUCGAACACAAGAACGUACUCCAAAGAAAUAUUUUAAUAUGUAAGAUGUUCCAACCUCGGAGUCGGAAGAAAUUUCUUGAGGAAGGUUUUCUUAAUGACACAUUAGAAUCAACAAUAGGACUGCAAUUUUAGCUUUGAAAUAAAAACUUGAGACAUAAUAUUUGCAAUUGCUUUGUUAAUUAUUUUUUCUGGUUUAUCCACACCCGGUGGUCACGUGGUAGGGUAGUGU